ACAGCAGGAAGCGCAGGGAUGGACCUCUGUACCACCUCCAAAUCAAUAUUAACCCCAGAAAACAGUCCUCUCCUCAUACCAACGGGAGUUUAUGGACCACUGCCCCCAAAUACCUUUGGCCUCAUCCUAGGAAGAGCCAGUACCGCCCUUCAUGGGAUUCAAAUCACCCCAGGUGUGCUGGAUAAUGAUUUUAAGGGUGAAAUAAAAAUAAUCGCAGCCACCUCAAGCAACAUUGCCUCUAUUCCUCCCGGCACCCGAAUAGCACAGCUUGUAAUCCUCCCCCUUCAACACAUUAACUCAAACUUCAAAAAAACCCAGCGCCCCACAGAGGGCCCUGGAUCCUCCGACAUUUUUUGGGCACAACCAAUAUCCCAUAAUCGGCCCACCUUAAAGCUAAAACUUAAUGGCAAGCUAUUUGAAGGGAUCUUAGACACAGGGGCUGAUUCCACAGUUAUAUCCUCAAACCACUGGCCAAAAUCCUGGCCCCUCACGGCCGCUGCCACCUACCUACAGGGAAUAGAAGCCACAAAUCCUCUACAAAGUUCACAAGCCCUAAAAUGGGAGGAUGAGGAAGGGAACGCUGGUACAGUUAUACCAUAUAUUAUCCCCCAUCUCCCCGUUAAUCUCUGGGGUAGAGAUAUCCUAACUCAAAUGAAAGUUUUUAUGUGCAGCCCUAGUGAUAUAGUUACUGCUCAAAUGCUCAAAAUGAACUUUCUCCCUGGCAAAGGCCUAGGCAAGGCUAAUCAAGGAAUAAGACAGCCCAUCUCUAUAACACCUAAUAUAGCUAGAACAGGA